GACAGAGAACAAGUCAACGGGAAUCUUGACCAGGCGCAACUUUCACCACAACAAGAAAAUGUGAACACAAGCCCUGCCAUGUAAAGACGACUCGACUCAAGGCGCCCCACAUAAAUCAGUACCUUAGACAGCGACACGCGGCCGUUAUCAGCAUCUCUAACCCGGCGGAAAGCACACAGUCCACUGCACUCGGCUGUCCUACCAGAGCGCAAUGGGUUUCAGAAGCGCUGCUAUUAAUGAUAUACUUAACUAAUUGCGUCUUCCAUACUGAUGCUAUUCAUUCUUCUAGCCAGUAUGGUAACAGUAUCGAUCGUGGGAGGACCAACGCGAGUGGCAGGUGACGAGGGUUGUAACAGCCUUGUUGGACUGAGAGCCUGAGAGCCUGAGAGCCCUAUCACAUUCACUUCACUACCAAGUCAGAGAAGAUCACAAGCGUCGCGUCGGAAGUGAAUUGACAGGUUAGACACACCAUGGGGAUAAGGCACCUUUUGCUGCUCCUCAUAUACCUGGAUCCCCUGAGCGUUCUCUGCGCCGGGACAGGAGGCAAGAAGAUGAAACCCGUGACCAAGCGGACUCCCAAGGCGAAAGACACCAACAUCACCGCGGUGAUCCCCACCGCUGCGUCGCAGAAGAAUACGACCAAGGACUACGAUACGUGCACGGGUUACUACGAUGUGAGCGGACAAUUUGACAGAGAGUUUGCGUGUAACAACACGGUUCACCGCUACUGCUGCGGGUCCUGCUUCCUGCGGUUCUGCUGCCAGGAAAAAGAAAAACGAGUGGAUCAGUCAAGCUGUAAAAACUACAACAAGCCGGACUGGGUGAAAACGCCCCCCCCGUCGCCAGCCUCGACGGGACAGCCUUUUGACCCGAGUAUGGACCAGACGAACACUGCGGUGUACAUCACCUGUGGGAUCAUAGCUUUUAUUUUAGUGGUGGGAGUUUCCGCUAAAGUUGCCUAUGACAAAGCCACAGAGCCUCCUCAGGAAAUGAAUAUCCAUAGGGCCCUUGCAGACAUCCUGAGGCAACAGGGGCCCAUUCCCAUAUCGCAAUAUGACUGUGAGAACUUUUCAGCCAUGAACGGCUCUCCCAAAGACAACACUCCUCAACAAACCUCCUCCAAGAACCACUACACCCCUGUCCACCAGUCCAAGUCCAACCACGGUCUCCACUACGGGAAGGAGAGUGUCCGCAGCAGUGGAGGUCACGACCUUCAUACCUUCAUCUCCUCUGGGUUUGUCACGUUGGGACGCGGCCAGCCCAAAGGUACCCACCAGCACAACUACAACCAUGUGGUUCUAGGUAGCCCAACACGCACCCAUAAUGCUCACCGAUCAUUGAGACGUGAGAACACUAGGAUGAGUGGCAUCCUGACCUCGCAGACGGAGCCAUACGACCUGUCCUCCUCGCGCUCCUUCCAGAGCCUGUCCCACCUGCCGCCCACCUACGAGGCCGCAGUCAAGGCCGACCUCAACAGAUACUCCUCCCUCAAGAGACUGACGGAUAAAGAUGUCGACGACUACUACACCCGCAAGCGUCACCUCCCUGACCUGGCAGCCAGAAGCACCCUGCCCUUACACGUCAUCAAAAUGAACCAGGAACAGCAGCAGCAGCAGCAGCUCCAGAGCCAGCCCCCCCAGCCCCAGGUGUCCCAGGCCCCACCCCAGCAGCCCCAGGCGCAGCAGGCCCCCAGGAGACAGAGGCCUCCUCGUGUCCAGAGGGCCAUGUCCCAGGACCGGGUCCUGUCCCCAAACAGAGAACCCCAGCCAGACUACCAGGGGAUAGGGAUGACUCGGCAAGGAGGACGUAUCCUGUCUGAUGAGCAGCUACUGUCUGCCGAGAGGCUGAGGUCCCAGGAACGCCUGAUGUCCCAGGACCGGCUGUACUCCAAGGACCGCAUGUACUCCAAGGACAGGCUGUUACAAUCUCAAGACCACAUGUACCCGAAAGACCGCCAUUUCUCCCAAGACCGCCUCUACUCCCAAGACCGCCUCUACUCCCAAGAUCGCCUGUACUCCCAGGAUCCUCUGAUCUCGCCGGACAAAAUGAUGAUGUCGCUGAAGCGCGCGUCCGGCGGUUUCCGGGGCAACAACGACAAGUCGAUGUCGCACGCCAUCUCGCACCCGGAUGUGUUCAUGCCCACGACACCGCUCAUGGACCACUACAAGAUGACAAAAAUGCAUUCCCAUCCCAGUGCCUCGAGCAACGCAGGGGCGGCAGGAGGAGCAGGAGCAGCGGGGCACUCCAACACGCUAGCCAUGAACCACACGACUAAUAAGAGACAGCAGUUUGCCUCCAGAAGGACCCACACUGUGGAGCAGCUCCACUACAUCCCCCAGCAGCACUACCGCACAGGCAGCAAGACCGAAGUGACUGUUUAACGCAAGCUAGCAUGCUAACGGCCAGCUUGGGAGUGAGUCAGCAGAGAAUGCUAACAUCUCAUCGCUAGUUUAUAUAUACGCCUUUUAACAGACACUUUUAUCCAGUGACUUACUGUCUGCAUACAUUUUUAUGUAUGGGUGGCCCCAGCGGGAAUCAAACCAACGACCCUUUGUG